CUGAAAAAAUCAAGUGAAGCGUAGCCAAGUCUGAAGCAUCUGGGAGGAGGUUUUUGGAUUUUCAUGUCGAAAGCUUUGUGUCUUGUCCUUAGCUGACGAUCCAAGGUAGAGAAGAUGGAGUCAACCGGUUUGAAGAUGUUGGAGUGAAGUCUAGCGUUUCCUCUCAAUCCAAAUCCAGUAGAUUAUAGCUUGCCAGGCGAGGAGAGUUAGCCUAGUAAGAGUAGUUGAGGCAGGGAGAGACAAUAACUAGGCCAUCGUUUCUUCCCAGAUCCAAAAAGAAGAUGUCGUCGAACCAAGAAUUAAGCUACAAGGCCGGAGAAGCCACCGGUCAAGUCCAGCUGAAGAAGGAAGAGUGCUUGGACAAUGUAUCACACUCAAUGAAUAAGAAUGCUGAUCAUCACACUCAGUUGCAGUCACACUCGGAACAUGAUCAGAACAAUCCGUCCCUAAUUUCUCAGGCCUCUAAUGUCAUCCAACAGACAGGUGGACAAGUGAAGAAUAUGGCACAAGGAGCAGCAGACGCUGUGAAGAACAGUCUCGGGAUGAGUCCAGCCACCAACAACCCUAGCAGCCCUGCUGGCAUGACCCGCCCAAGCAACCCUAGCUCCAGGAAUAAUUAAAGAAGUGUUUGGCCUGAUCUUCUCAAUAUAAACAAAAACGCAUGCUGUAAUUUUGGUUUUUUUUGUUUGUUUAAGUUUCUAAAUUUUUGUUAUUUAAAAAAAUAUGUUAUUUUAAAAAAAUUAUUGUACGCA